AUGACUACCUCUACGAACCGAGACCACUUCUUCCAGACCUCGCUGACCCUUCCCCUCCUUACUUACAGUGCUGCCUUGGACGAGCAGGAGCGGAAAGAAGCCAAGUCUCAGAAUGAAAAUGGCAAUCCCAUCAAGUUACAGAGCAAGAUUCUAGCAGUCUUUUCUGAUCCUUGGAAUCAGGGAUCAGUCUACGUUGCGCAGAGCAGUGGUGUGGUGAGAAGGGUUGUGCUGGCAACUGGUGAGACUGCGGCCCUAUACAAGGGCCCCGAAGCUCCAUUGACAAGUCUAUGUCUCAGCCCGGACGGGAAACUGCUGUUCGCCGGCUGUUGGGAUAAGACCAUCUGGAGUUGGGACGUGGCCUCCCGACAGCCUCGCCAGAGGUACGAAGGACACAGUGACUUUGUCAAAUCUGUGAUUAGUGCGAGACUUCAAGGUCAGGAUGUGUUGAUCUCCGGAGGCGCCGAUGCCAAAAUGCUCGUCUUCAACAUUGCCAGCGGCGAGCGGACCGAGACAUUUAAGGGUCACCUCCGCGGUAUCCUGGAUCUUACCAUUGACCCCGAGACGGAGGAAAGUCAAGCGACCGUAUUUAGUGCCGGAAGUGACCGAGAGAUCCGCCAAUUCAAGCUCGUUGGUGGAGGUGACGAGGCGGAGCCCCUUCUUCCACAUGAAACCAGUGUGAACAAGCUCUUCUUCGACGCAGAUGGUGAUAUGUGGACGGCCUCCGCUGACAAGACGGCUAAAUGUCUGGUCCGAGCCGAUGGCUGGAAAGCCAAUCUCACCUUGGAGCAUCCUGAUUUUGUGCGAGAUAUUCUUGUCUAUGAGGCUGGAGGCUGGGUGGUGACUGCCUGUCGGGACGAGGAGGUUCGGGUUUGGAAUCGAUCUACUGGCGAACUCCAUCACACAUUCUCGGGGCAUUUUGAGGAAGUUACUGCCCUAGCUCUAGUUGGGUCAACUAUCGUUAGUGUGGCCAUUGAUGGUACCAUUCGGCAGUGGUCUCUUCGGCCGGAUGAGCUGCAACAGGCGGUAGACCUAGCCAAAAACGGUCCUAAGGAAGAGGAAGAGCAGAAUGCCGAGCCUAUGCUCACAGAAGAAGAGGAGCGGGAGUUGGCCGAGUUAAUGGGUGAUGAUUAG